ACUGCGAUGGGUGCCGCCAUGGAGGCCGCGGACAUCAUCAUCGUCGCCGCAUACAUCAUCGUCGUUUUGGCCGUGGGCUUCCUGGCGAUGUGGAGAGCCAAUCGGAGCACGGUGAGCGGCUACUUCCUCGCCGGUCGCUCCAUGAACUGGGCCGCCGUGGGAGCGUCUCUCUUUGUCAGCAACAUCGGGAGCGAGCACUUCAUCGGACUCGCCGGAUCGGGCGCGGCCAGCGGUCUGGCCGUGGCCGCGUGGGAACUCAACGCCCUGCUGCUGCUGCAGCUACUGGGCUGGCUGUUUAUUCCCGUUUACGUCCAGUCUGGCGUGUACACCAUGCCAGAGUACCUGUCCAAACGCUUCGGGGGAAGGAGGCUGAAGGUGUAUUUCGCCGCCUUGACGCUCGUCCUUUACAUCUUCACCAAGGUGUCUGUGAGCCUCUACACGGGAGCGCUGUUCAUUCAGGAGUCUUUGGGGUGGAACCUCUACCUCUCCAUCAUCCUCCUCAUCAGCAUCACGGCUCUGCUGACCAUCACCGGAGGUCUGGUGGCGGUCAUCUACACCGACGCAGUCCAGGCUCUGCUCAUGGUCGCCGGAGCUCUGUGCCUCACGGGGAUCAGCCUCUCCAAAGUGGGAGGACUUGAAGGAGUGAGGACCAAGUACAUGCAGGCUGCUCCCAACGUCACCGCCAUCCUGCUGUCUUCACCCAAUCUGACGUUCUCUGAGUCCUGCCUGCGCCACCUCCACCCAAAACCCGAUUCCCUGAGAGUCCUGCGAGGUCCGGGAGACCCGGACCUGCCCUGGCCUGGUUUCUUACUGGGCCAGACUCCCGGCUCAGUUUGGUACUGGUGCGCGGAUCAAGUCAUCGUGCAGCGGGUUCUGGCAGCGAAGAAUAUCGCUCACGCCAAAGGCUCCACCCUCAUGGCCGGCUUCCUGAAAGUUCUACCAAUGUUUAUCAUUGUCAUCCCAGGGAUGAUUGCUCGGAUCUUCUUCGCCGACGAGCUGGCCUGCAUCGGUCCGCAGCACUGCGCGGAGGUCUGCGGCUCGGCGGCCGGCUGCAGCAACGUGGCCUACCCGCGGCUCGUCAUGGCCGUGAUGCCCGUGGGCCUCCGCGGGCUGAUGAUGGCGGUCAUGAUCGCCGCUCUCAUCAGCGGACUGGACUCCAUCUUCAACUCUGCCAGCACCAUAUUCACGCUGGACGUUUACCGCAUGCUGCGGAAGCAGGCGUCCUCCAGGGAGCUGAUGGUGGUGGGCAGGUUGUUCGUCCUCCUGAUGGUGGCCGUCAGCAUCGCCUGGGUUCCCGUUAUCGUCGAGAUGCAGGGAGGCCAGAUGUUCUACUACAUUCAAGAGGUGUCAGACUAUCUGACUCCCCCGAUCGCCGCUCUUUUCCUGCUCGGCGUUGUUUGGGAUCGCUGUAACGAGACGGGGGCCUUUUGGGGAGGGAUGGUGGGGCUCGCCUUGGGGGCGCUGCGUCUGCUCCUGGCUUUCGUUUAUCGCGAGCCGCACUGCGACCAGCCGGACGAGCGGCCGUCCUUCAUCAGAGACGUCCACUUCAUGUACGUGGCGGCGUUCUUGUUUUGGGCGUCGGGUUUGGUGACCGUCGUUGUGAGUCUCUGCACGCCUCCGCCCAAAAAAGAGCAGAUCAAAAACACGACUCUGUGGGGGGUAAACAACAGGAAAAAACUCAAAAUUGAAGAGAACACUAAUGCGUCGAAAACUCAAAACCACAAUCCGAUAAAUGGAAAAGUUUUCUCCGGUCAUGAAGACACUCAAGCACACAACGGUGAUCUCAGAACAGCUAACGGCCGAGAAACCCAGAACGGUAGCUACGCUCUAAUUCCCGACACUAGAGUGGAGGAGGACGAUAAGACGGAGGAAUGUUUCAGAGGUGGAGGGAAAACGGACGGCAGAUGUUGCGUUGGGGCUCUGAAGUGGUUCUGCGGCAUGCAGAAGAAAACUCCCAGAGUGCCCGAGGUCACAGAGCAGGACCGGGAGCGAAUCGUCGAUGAGCUUCUGCAUGAAUCCCCAGAAAUCACAGUACCCGUGACGUAG